AUGGAGGGAUCCAUCCACGGAGGAGAGCAGACCAAGAUGAGGACAUACAGAUCCACGCUGAUGCUGGUCAUCCUCGUGUGGCAGCUCGGCCUGUUUCUGCAGGCCGAUGCCCAGGUCCCAGACGCAUGCCUUACCAGCCCCACAUAUAGAGAACCAGAAAAUACUGACAUAAACGUAACAUGUGGCACCCAAUACAUGGACCUCUGCAUCUACAUUUGUCCUAUGUAUAACGCUCGGUACAACGAGUCCCUGAUGGUGCUCAACAAUCAGUUCAACAACCCGAAGUGCUACGGAAAAGCCGACUGGAAUGUCACUCCGCCAGUUUUAAAAUUUAGAUUCCUCAUAAAUGAAACUUCCCUGUCAGACUGCAACAACAACUUCAAGAUAACCAAUCAGGUUGGAACCGGAGAAUUUGCAGACUACUCCAAAGUGGAGUUUGUCAACAUCUCAGGCAUGGUCAUGUCUGUCGACCCGUCCGCUGGCAUGAUCACCUACCGACCGCAGAUCUCCUACAUCUUCUCCUGCAAGUACCCAAUGCAGUACCUGCUCAACAACACUCAGCUCAGCGUAUCGGGUGUCAACGUUGCCAUACGAGACAACAAUGGCAGCUUCAUCAGUACCCUGAGUAUGAAGCUCUACCAAGACGCAGGAUACAAGAACCCGCUUACAAUUCCCCCAACAGGACUCAACCUGAAAACCAAGAUCUACGUUUCAGUAAAAGCAACCAACCUGACAGAAAAGUUCAACUUGCUGCUGGACCGAUGCUACACUACCACAAGUCCUUUUCCCAUGCAGACCCAAUAUUACGACCUCUUUGUCGGGUGUUAUAAAGACCCGCAGACCAAAGUGGAGGAAAACGGCGUUUCGCAGAAAGCUCAGUUCUCCUUUGAGGCCUUCAGAUUUAUAGAGCACAAGAAUCUGACAGUUUCCACUUUCUACCUGCACUGCGUCACCAGACUGUGUGAGACAAGCACCUGCAGAUCCUUACUGCCUGUCUGUAGUGGUGGAAACCGCAGACGGAGAGCCGCUACGGAUGUGCCGGCCAACGCUACGAUCACCUCUCAGCAGAUACUCGUCGGCCAACAGACCGCUGCUUCAUCGGCUGAAAGUGUUGCAUCGGCUUUCUCGUCGUUGCUGUUCUCGUUGCUGCUUGCCGUUUGUUCCACGAAAUACGAGUAAAACGCCCUGGAGGAGGGGCGGGGCGGCGAGGGGCAACGUCAACCUACGAAGAAUGAAGCCAAUCAUAAAUCACAGCACAUCAACUGCAAAACAGGGCGGGACGGGAUUUUACACUAGAUCAGGUAGUCAUGAGAUUCAAACGCAGAUUUACAGCUAAUACAGUUUUACUAUUUGUUAAGAGGAAAAUAAGGGCUCAGCUGGUGUAUAAUAACAGUGCAUUAUAAUUAUAUGUCGGUCAUAAUCAUUAUAUUGGAAUCAUUUCCAUGCAUUUAAUGAGAGUUGACAGCUUUUAUAAUCAGGAAUAUUGUAAUUGUCUUGUUUUUGUUGGGAAUAAAAAGAAAAGCGAUUUA